CAGGCGGAAGUCGGGAGGUUCGAUGUUCCGAAGACGCCAGCUUGUGACGGGGAGGGGGAGGAGGAAGGCUUCCGUAAAAAGGUGCCUUUCGGUCCCUCCGCUCCCGGGGACCCUCGGCAAAAGCCCACCAUACCGACCCCGCGGCUAACCCCUCCCUCAGGCUCUCUCCGCUCGAUUUCGCACCGUUACGUGGGAAGCGAAUCCGGUGCAGCCUGAUGUAAUCACAAGGGGCCUUCCAAGUUAAAGAUGGGAACAAAGAAGCACUGUGCCAUGGAGGAAAGCAGCAUCGAGGAGCAGCUAAUCAACUUGCAAAACAUGAAGGAGUAAAAACAAGGACAUAAUCAGAAAAGUAUUCAUUGGAAAGUAGCUGGGCACGACUAAAAAAAUAAAGUGAACUAGCCCUUUCACGGAGCUCAGAAGAUGUUUCACAAGACAGAGGAGUUCUUUCCUAAGAAGACUGAGAAUGAUGUGGACGACAUGGACACAUCGGACACGCAGUGGGGCUGGUUCUACCUGGCGGAAUGUGGGAAGUGGCACAUGUUUCAGCCGGAUACCAACAUUCAAUGUUCAGUUAGCAGUGAAGAUAUCGAAAAAAGCUUCAAAACAAACCCUUGUGGCUCCAUUUCCUUUACCACUUCCAAAUUCAGCUACAAGAUAGACUUUGCAGAGAUGAAGCAGAUGAACCUCGUCACUGGAAAACAGCGCCUAAUAAAGAGGGCUCCUUUCUCCAUCAGUGCCUUCAGUUACAUCUGUGAAAAUGAGGCCAUCCCUAUGCCAACACACUGGGAGAAUGUGAAUACCGAAGUUCCCUACCAGCUGGUCUCCCUGCAGAACCAAACGCAUGAGUAUAAUGAAGUUGCCAGUCUCUUUGGGAAAACAAUGGAUCGGAACCGAAUUAAAAGGAUUCAAAGGAUUCAAAACUUAGACUUGUGGGAGUUCUUUUGCAGGAAAAAGGCUCAGCUCAAGAAAAAGAGAGGUGUCCCUCAGAUCAAUGAGCAAAUGCUGUUUCAUGGCACCAGCAGUGAAUUUGUGGAAGCAAUUUGCAUUCACAACUUUGAUUGGAGAAUCAAUGGUGUACACGGCGCUGUCUUUGGAAAAGGAACGUAUUUCGCUAGAGAUGCUGCAUACUCCAGUCGUUUCUGCAAAGAUGACAUCAAGCAUGGUAACACAUUCCAGAUUCACGGGGUCAGCGUACAGCAGCGACAUCUGUUCAGAACCUAUAAAUCCAUGUUUCUUGCUCGAGUGCUAAUUGGGGAUUACAUAAACGGAGACUCCAAAUACAUGAGACCUCCUUCCAAAGAUGGGAGCUAUGUGAAUUUGUAUGACAGCUGUGUGGAUGACACCUGGAACCCAAAGAUCUUUGUGGUGUUUGAUGCCAACCAGAUCUACCCCGAGUACUUGAUAGACUUUCACUGACCCCGCUUCCCAGGCUCAGUGGUCAAAGCUUUGCUCUCAUUGCAGGAGGAUUUGGCCCCCUGUCUUCUAGCAGAUGAAUAGAAACCUUGGGUACUUUUGAAACAGAUGCAGGAAAGGCUGCAAUCCCUUAGAUAAAGAAGUCCUGGCUGUCAGGUUGUCACAUGUCCUUGUUUCUGUCCGUUACAGUUUCCUUAAAGACCAACACUGUUGCUAUUUUAACAUACAGCAAUGAAAGAUGCCACUUAAAACCCAAUGGGUUCAGUCUCAUUACCAAGACCAGGUGGUCUUUAAAGUUCACAUUUAUGAUCAGUCCCUUUACAAAGUGAGUUUUGGCAGUAUUGUCUGUCAGUGAGCACGUCCCUUUUUUGGUCUUCUGAAGGGGGCUUUAAAACCCUGAAACAGCCCCUGGUGCUCCAAGAAGAAGAAACAAAGACAUGGUCUGCCACGCUGGCAGACAAGCUAGCAGAAGAGAGACAGAGCCUGCUUCCCACUGUUUUAGGAAGGUGGGCUGUAGCCCAGAGCUGUUCACACCAUUCUCACCUACCUCCCACAGCUGAGCUGACCAUGGCUGCCAGUGGUCAUGAGCUCACAGUUCAGCCCCCAUUGCUCUGUGGUCCCUGCCCCAAGAUGUUUAUUUUCUCUUUAUUUUCCAGGCCCUGCAGUGAUCAUUUCUAAGAGGCUUUAUCUCUGUCCACAGACACCCCCCCACACACACGCGUGUAGCUGCUCCAUGGUGACCCCUAAGAUCCACAUGUCUUAGUAGCUGGGUACCUCCAUUUUGAAUGAUUAUGGAGAGCAUGGGAUGCUGGGAAGAUGUCUGGUUUCUUUAGAGUGAUGACUGGCAGCUCCCAGCUCCUGAGCAACUGUAUCACUUAGAGUUGUGCUCAUGGCUCUGUGUGCCUCUCCGCUUGCCUGCUGUGCUGUCCUGAAGAUGAAGAUGAAGGCACCGGCUCCCUGCCAUCGGUGUUCUAGCAGAGGUUAGACAACCCCGGGACAGUGCUGAUUGUCCUCCCAGCGUUGCCUUUCCCGACUCCUCAUGGGAAAGAUCAGUCCCCAAGCCUCACCAGCACCUCUUGCUAACUCUUAAUACCGUAUCUUGUCUCUGUUAUCCCCACCCGGCUUUGGCUGAGAGAACGUGAGCACAAUUUAGCUUCUGGUGCCCGGCCUGUAUUCUCUUCAAUCAUUUGAAUCAGGGAGCAUCUACAAAUAAUAUGUAUGUGGGACAGGAUGAGGGACGGCGACUCUUUCAGUUUCCUCCAUCACUAGAUUUUCAUAAUAACCCUUUUAUAAUUGUACAGUGGAUUGUACAUAAACAGCACACAGGAAACUGUAUGCAUAAUACCUUGGGGCACUGUGGCAAUAAUGACUUCCUGGCUCCAAUGUAUAGGUCCACCAUUGGUUUAAGAAAGGAGGAUAGAGAAUAUACAUUUUAAAACCAACAGUGGUUACUACAGAAGUGCCUGGAAGCAAAUUGGCUACGCUGCCUACCUGCUCACCAAAACAAAAAACCAGUGUUAGUCAUUAAGUGUUCAAGGUCCAGCAAUCUCCUCUAGCUAUGUUCAUGCAAAGUAUUGGGGUCUCUCUUUUCAGGCUGUCCCCCAGUUUUCCAUGCACACUUCUCUCAAUACUUGAAUGGAAUGGCUGUUGUAGUUGGGGUUGUUUUCUUUUAGACUUGUGUAUCCCUGUCGAGGUGACUGAGAAGGCAGGCAGUCUGUACAAUCAGUCUCCUUCCUUGGUUUGCAUGAGGAAGGCAGGGCAAGUCACAGAGCCGCUGCCCUAAGGACCCGGCAUUGUUGCUGUUGGACUGCCAGCCCUCUUUACAAGGAAGAUGUGAUUUUGAUACAUGUUUUAAACUAUAACAACAUAGAAUUCACUCAUGUUAAACUUUGACUUGUUUUGUCUGGUAAGUGUACAGUAGAGCAUCAUUUCCUCUGCUCAUCAAAUCCAGGGUGUGGGGAGAGUAAUGGGAGCCAUUUCAUAGUGAUGACCUGUGCUACAAAGCUGGCUGCAUAAAUUCCCUUGAGUACAAACUUGUCUUUUCCCUGUGUGGAGUCUAGGUAGGGUAAAAAGAAAUGUGUUUAUGGAAAACAUUUUCCUAAGUCUUUUAUCUCCCACCAGGAACUGUUAAGAUUAAUGGAUUAUUUUAUUUCUAGACUGGUGGUGGUGGCAGUCAUGAUGGAGAAUUCUGAUAUUUAAUGUCUGAGUGUAUUGUUUCCACAAUUGUUGAUUAAAAUUUUCUGUAUCAGGUCUUGA